AUGGCUCGACCGGGCUCUGGAGUGCUGGUGCCCGUCAAUGGACUGGGGUAUCCCCCUCAGAACCUGGCAAGGGUGGUGGUCUGGGAAUGGUUGAAUGAGCAUGGGCGCUGGAGGCCUUACAGUGCAGCGGUUUGCCACCACAUUGAGAACGUACUGAAGGGAGAUGCUCGGGGAACAGUUGUUCUGGGUCAGGUUGAAGCCCAGCUUGCUCCUUACAUCAUUGAUCUACAGUCCAUGCACCAGUUCAGACAGGACACAGGCACUAUGCGGCCAGUGCAGAGGAACUUUUACGACCCGUCAUCGGCUCCAGGGAAGGGAGUGGUGUGGGAGUGGGAGAAUGACAAUGGCUCAUGGACGCCAUAUGACAUGGAGAUCUGUGUGACCAUUCAAAAUGCCUACGAGAAGCAACACCCAUGGUUGGACCUGACCUCACUGGGCUUCUGCUACCUCAUUGACUUCAACAGCAUGGCCCAGACCAACAGGCAGAGCCAGCGCAAACGGCGCCUGCGCAGACGCAUGGACCUGGCCUACCCCCUCAUCAUGGGUUCCAUCCCCAAGUCGCAGUCCUGGCCUGUGGGAGCCAGCUCCGGACAGCCCUGCUCCUGUCAGCAGUGCAUCCUGGUUAACAGCACGAGGGCUGCCUCGAAUGCCAUCCUGGCCUCUCAACGGCGUAAGCUUUAUGGAGGGGCAGCAGGCAACCCAGGGGCUACAGGCACCCUGACGGUAGUGCGCCAAAGCAACACCUUCGCUGGAACCUCACUCUGGUCCCCGUCCACCACCUCCUCUCGCACCAACAACAAUAACAUAAGUGUUGGAGGAGGACAAACCAAAGCUGAACAGAACAACUUGAACCGGCCAGGCACCCAGCGCAUUUCUAUGGGGGCUGCCAGAGGAACCAUCCCACCAGGGGUUCCCGCACUCCCUGUAAAGAACCUGACUGGAUCUGGACCGGUGCACCCGGCGUUAGCAGGUAUGACAGGUAUCUUAAUGUGUGCGGCAGGAUUGCCGGUGUGUCUGACCCGGGCCCCAAAGCCCAUACUGCACCCGCCUCCCAUUAAUAAGAGUGAUAUGAAGCCUGUGCCAGGGGUCAAUGGCAUUCGACGCAAAACCAAGAAGAAGCACCUGCGGAGAGGAAAAAACCCAGAGGACGUGGUGCGGAGAUACACAGAGAAGAUUAAAGUGGUCCCAGACGAGGACUGUACCAUCUGCAUGGAGAGGCUGGUGAUGUCAUCAGGCUAUGAAGGUGUGCUGCAGCACAAAGGCAUUAAGCCAGAGUUGGUAGGCAAGCUUGGCAAGUGUGGGCACAUGUACCAUCUGCUGUGCUUGGUGGCCAUGUACAACAAUGGCAAUAAGGAUGGCAGUCUUCAGUGCCCGACAUGCAAGGCUAUUUAUGGGGAAAAAACAGGCACUCAGCCCCCUGGGAAAAUGGAGUACCAUGUCAUCCCUCAUUGCCUUCCUGGAUACACAGACUCCAAGACCAUCCGCAUUGUUUACGACAUUCCUGCUGGCAUCCAGACCAAUGAACACCCAAACCCAGGGAAGAAGUUCAGUGCUAGAGGAUUCCCUCGGCACUGCUACCUCCCCGACAAUGAAAAAGGCAGGAAGGUCCUCAAGCUUCUGAUCAUGGCCUGGGACCGCCGCCUCAUCUUCACCAUCGGCACGUCCAGCACCACGGGCGAGUCGGACACGGUGGUGUGGAACGAGAUCCACCACAAGACGGAAUUCGGCUCCAACCUGACAGGUCACGGCUACCCCGACCCCAACUAUCUGGACAACGUCCUGACUGAGCUGUCAGCCCAAGGGGUCGGUGAAGAUAACCUGAAGGACUAGGAGUCGGCUGAGUCGAGGUAGAGAACCAACACCCGGUACCCCCGUCUCCCAGAGGGCCGACCGCCAUGCAGCCGACCACACCCAACAGC